AGUUUGUCAGUCGCCCAGUCUCCCCGCUAGACCGGAGAAAGGUGUCUACCCGGCCGCCACAGUCACACGCGACGAGUCUACCCCGAAGACACCCGCCCUGUCUCGGGUCCCCUGACCAAACUUCCUCCACGGUGAUACCGACCCGCUGUUUUCGGCCAUGGCGACGAGUGCGAAGCGAAAGCAGGAGGAGACUCAUCUGAAGAUGCUCCGGGAAAUGACUAGCCUGCCCGCGAAUAGGAAAUGCUUCGACUGCGACCAGCGCGGCCCGACCUAUGUCAACAUGACAGUGGGCUCCUUCGUCUGCACCACCUGCUCCGGCAUCUUGCGAGGACUGAACCCCCCACACAGAGUGAAGUCCAUCUCUAUGACCACAUUCACACAUCAGGAAAUUGAGUUUCUACAGAAACACAGCAACGAGGUCUGUAAACACAUCUGGUUGGGCCUCUAUGACGACAGGACAUUAGUUGUUCCAGAUUUCCGAGAACCACAGAAAGUAAAAGAGUUCCUUCAGGAAAAAUACGAAAAGAAAAGAUGGUAUGUUCCUCCAGAUCAGGCAAGGGCAGUAGCAAGUGUCCAGGCCUCUGUUUCUGGCUCCUCGGCCAGCAGCACUGGUAGUACCCCAGAAGUCCAACCCCUCAAGACACUGCAGCUCAACAAGACCCCACUCCGCCAGUCUCCAGCGCUUAGUCGUUCCCAGGCUCACAGCGUUGCUCAGGAGAAGAAGUUUGACUUGCUCUCUGACCUGGGAGGAGACAUUUUUGCUGCUCCACCCACUCAAACUUCCAGCUCCACCAACUUUGCCAACUUUGCACAUUUUCCCAGCCAGUCGGCACCUCAGGGUAAUUCAGAUACCAACUUUGCCAACUUUGAGGCAUUUGGAAACACUGCAAUUCCAUCCCAUCUGAGCACGUCACCCCCCUCACAGUCCUUUUCAUCAGGGGGAGGUGUGCCAAUUCCGUCAAUGUCUAGUGCCGUCCCCGCCCAGUCCCAGCCAGGGAGCAGCAGAGAGGAUCGCUAUGCUGCUCUGGCUGAGUUGGACAACGAGCUCAGCUCCUCUGCCACCACGGCCAGUAAUGUGCCAGGGAACUUAUUUGGACCUGUGCUUGGUUCAUCACCAGCCCAGAAUCAGCCUGUGUUACCCAGCAUGCAGCCUGGCUUUGGAGCCGUCCCAUCUACAAAUCCCUUCGUUGCUGCAGCCGUUGCCCCGGAGAUGGCCACCAACCCUUUCCAGACCAAUGGUAGAGCUCCAGCUGCAGCAUCUUUUGGCACUGGCUCUAUGAGCAUGCCCGCCGGCUUUGGGAAUGCGUCUUCCUACUGCCUCCCGACCAGUUUCAGCGGAAACUUCCAGCAGCAAUUCCCUGGCCAGGCUCCCAUCCCUUACUCUCAACCUGGGGCCUACCACCCUCAGUCUAAUGGCCCUGCUUUCCCAGUCUACGGUCAGAACAAGCCCUCCAUGACGCCCUUUGGGCAGCCCAUGGCUGGCCCUGGCAUGUCCAAUAACCCAUUCAUGGCGGGAGCUCCGGCCGGGUCAUUCCCUUCAGGCGGUUCAACCAACCCUUUCCUGUAGCACAACUUCCACUCCUUGCCAGCAGAGGGCAGCAUGCAGCACAUAUUCAACGCACCCGUUCCGUCAUGCAAUUAGUGGCAGUACAUUUUUUUUAAAAAGACUUUUUGUUUUGUUUUUCAUAAAAGAAGUUUACAACACUAUGGAGGAGUACAAAGGACUACAUUGAAGACUAAGGGACUGUUAUAGGGGGAAAUGUACUGUUUGGACUAUAUACAUUAUAUGCUUUUUAUUUUUUGUUUAUGACUGUAAGCUCUGUGCAUAUCAUCAUUUGUAAUCACAAUUAAGUACAUGUUAUGUAUAACAAGGACUGAGUUAACAAAGGUGAGUAUCCACAUACCUUGUGGGAAAACCCCCCACUACAAACUAUCUACAUAGGUAAGGGUAUAGACUUUAAGAAUAUAAACAGGGUUCCAUCCAAAUCCAUUCCUGUGGUUUGAAGCAACCAUGAUGAUGCAGGUAUUUCAUUCUCAAAAGGGAUUUCUUUUUGUUACGUUAGCAUAAUUGCAACUAUACUGGCACCAAGGUGCAAAAUGUCAUUUAUUAACUUACAAUUUGCCUAUAACCCCAAGCAACCAAACCCACGUCUUUUUAAAUCAGAGUGACAUCCCAAGCAGGUGGAUUGGAUACAACGUUGGUCCUGGACCACCUUUUAUUAAUAUUGCCAAUAUCUGUGAAAUGGUGUAAAGAAAGGGUAGGAGCUAAAUUUGGGUUGAAACGAAGGGCAGCUCCUUGAAUAUGAGGCCAGCAGAUGUUUCAGCUCACCAGGUGAAGGGACAGACAUGUCUACUAGAGCACAAAUGUAGGAAAGAGACCAGAAGUGCAGGCUUUAAGAUGUGUAUUUCUAUGUCUUGUCGCCCUACCUAAUCUAUACAUAUUGGUAAAAUGGUUUAAUAUACUCUAAGUAGCCUCUCCUGCUUUCAGAUAUUCACUGUAUUUUAUGAAUAUGGUAAAGACAAAAGGAAAGACUGUUAAGAAUGCUUCAGGGUUGUGGGUGUGACCCAAAUUGGGUUGCCUCAAAACAAGUGAAGUUAUUCACAUGGUUGCGGGUGACUUGUCCUCUUGACAGGGAAUGACAGGUUUACCACACCCUGCCUAGACAAAAAAAAAGUACAUUUUAAAGCAAAAUAUUUAUGAAAUGUUAGUUAUGUUAUAUUCACUACACUCCCUUAAGAUCUGUCUUCCUCUUUGCCUUCUGAUUUAAAAGCUUAUGGAGUGAAGAGCAGGGUGAGGAGAAAUAAUUGGUCUCCCUUCAGUUUGCUUUAGAGUAAGGCGAGGGACAGAACAGAUUAAUUUAGGGAUUAUUACAUUACCGGUUCAGCCUGGGACUCUGGAGAACUAGUGUCUCAAUUGUGCCACCAAUGACUAACAAUGAAUUUGACAAUGUGUUUCUUGUCUUUACAAGAAUAGGUAAGUAACUGUGUACAUAUAUAAAUAUAUGUAUAAAUAAAUUAAAAGAUUUUUAACUACA